ACAGGGUUUACAGGAGUAUGGCAGUUUAUUUUUUCUGUGCUGUCCAUAGGAAAUAAUCUUUUCAAAUGCUAUAAGGAGAAUACCUUGAGAAGUUCAUAAAUGCCUUAAUAUAUUAUAAAGAUCGGUCAGUUCCAUUGUCUUCUUUUGUCAGUCUUGAUCGGAGCUUGCCGAGUAAGUCUAUAAGCCUGCAUGUGCCUGGCAACUGUUACCUAGUGACAGUUUCAGCUGCAGUAGCCAUUGGCUGUGCUGUUGAUUGGGGCAGGAGGGCCGAGUCACCUUUCUGAUGGUGAGUUUUUCUGCAUCAGCCCAGGAUGAGGAGGAGGAGGAGGAGGGCUUGGGCUCAGGUGGAGGCAUUGAUGCUGAGAGAUUGUGAAGAAUAUACUGACAGCAUCCUUGUAGCUGCAUCACAGUAAAUCGGACUUCUGAAUCAAGCAGCCCAGCCUAGCAGCUGAUAAGAGUGAAUGUAGGUGAGAAGCAUUACCUUAUUCCUAUAACAAGAGAACUAUUUUGUGAUAAGUGAAACUAGGAAUGUACAAGAAGAAAUAUCCUAUGGCUAUUAUAACAGAAGAAGGACUUGCCUGAAUGACUUGGUGGUGCACCAGAAAAUAACUUUCAGAAGAAUGCUUUCUGUUAAGCUGCUGCAUUGUUCCUGGAGGAAAUGUUAUUUCUAAUGCAUGUUAUUUCUUCAAAAGAUAGGAUAACAAUGACAAGAGACUCUCUGAAAUGACUUUACUUUUAAAAAAUACUUUGGCAAAUGUUAACCUGAUAUCAAAAUGACCUUGGAAGCAUUUUGGAUGGAUUCUAUCCUGGCAGCCUUGCAAUAUUUCAAACUCUAGGAUUUAAACUCAUCUUGAUACUUUAGAGCUUACCCCCUUCUCUCCACCUCUUACCGUCCCCCCCCCCCCACCCCCCGCCCGAAAGCUGAGGUGUGUCACUGCUGAACUGAGGCUGAUGAAGAGACUUGAGCACUCUCUGGGACUCUCAGCUGUGACAGAAGCACUGACACUGUCUACUGAAGCAGGUUCUGAAACACUCAUGUGUGGUGUUUAACAGAUGCUGGGCAGGGCACCUGCUUGCUGUAGCCAAGUCUGCAGGUAUCUUUAAAUUUCCAAGCCAUGAAUGAAUCCAGGUGGACUGAAUGGAGGAUCCUGAACAUGAGCAGUGGCAUUGUGAAUGUGUCCGAGCGUCACUCCUGCCCACUUGGAUUUGGCCACUACAGUGUGGUGGAUGUCUGCAUCUUCGAGACAGUGGUUAUUGUGUUGCUGACAUUUCUGAUCAUUGCUGGGAAUCUAACAGUUAUCUUUGUCUUUCAUUGUGCUCCACUGUUACAUCAUUAUACUACCAGCUAUUUCAUUCAGACGAUGGCAUAUGCUGAUCUUUUCGUUGGAGUUAGCUGCUUGGUUCCUACUCUCUCACUUCUCCACUACUCCACAGGUGUCCACGAGUCAUUGACUUGCCAGGUUUUUGGAUAUAUCAUCUCAGUUCUAAAAAGUGUUUCUAUGGCAUGUCUUGCUUGCAUCAGUGUGGAUCGUUAUCUUGCAAUAACCAAGCCUCUUUCCUACAAUCAACUGGUCACCCCUUGUCGCUUGAGAAUUUGCAUUAUUUUGAUCUGGAUCUACUCCUGCCUAAUUUUCUUGCCUUCCUUUUUUGGCUGGGGGAAACCUGGUUACCAUGGUGACAUUUUUGAAUGGUGUGCCACCUCUUGGCUCACCAGUGCCUAUUUUACUGGCUUUAUUGUUUGUUUACUUUAUGCUCCUGCUGCCUUUGUUGUCUGCUUCACUUACUUCCACAUUUUCAAAAUUUGCCGUCAGCACACCAAAGAGAUAAAUGACCGAAGAGCCCGAUUCCCUAGUCAUGAGGUAGAUUCUUCCAGAGAGACUGGACACAGCCCUGACCGUCGCUACGCCAUGGUUUUGUUUAGGAUAACCAGUGUAUUUUAUAUGCUGUGGCUCCCCUAUAUAAUUUACUUUCUUCUGGAAAGCUCCCGGGUCUUGGACAAUCCAACUCUGUCCUUCUUAACAACCUGGCUUGCAAUAAGUAAUAGUUUUUGUAACUGUGUAAUAUACAGCCUCUCCAACAGUGUUUUCCGGCUAGGCCUCCGAAGACUGUCUGAGACAAUGUGCACAUCCUGUAUGUGUGUGAAGGAUCAGGAAGCACAAGAACCCAAACCUAGGAAACGGGCUAAUUCUUGCUCCAUUUGAAGAGAGCUACAUAGUAAAUCAAAUGUAAUCUGACAGUGGUUUUGGAUCAUAUUCUAGAUUCAUCUGGAAAUUUGCCAUCAGAGAAAUAUUUACUUGAAUAGUUGACUAUAAAAUGAAGUAUGAGACUAAAAGUUUCUCUUUUUUUUUUCUUUUUCAUGGAAGAAACUAAAGGGAAGGAUGUAUAGAGGGUUAUCUCAUGAAAUAAUUAUAGCAUGUGAGUAUUAGUGUGCAGUAACAGGAAAAAUUAAGCACUGAGAUAAAAAAGAAUAUCUCAAAUCUUCUGCAGGACAUGAGCAAGCCCCUCGGCUCGGCGUUUCUGUCUUUCUGUCUGACUGUACCCUGCCUCUGUCUUUCUCAUUUUGUCCAUGUUUCUCUCACUCUUUGUGGAAGUUAUUACUUACAUAAACUGCCCUUUGUAGAAAAGUGCUACAUAUUAUAUAUGUGGCAAAGUAUAAUCUUUUGCAUCAAAGUGUACCUUUAAUCACACUAAUCUAUAAUCCAUAGGUGAUCUCUUCAUGGAGGAUGCACAGUAAGCAUUGCAUUUUAUUAUUUGCCAAACAACCCCUUUGCUUGCGUUUUUAUAAUCUUCUCUGCAGCACAAUUUUUCUGCUACAAACAAAUAGAAACAGUAUUUUUGUUUCUUCUGGGUAAAAUGACAUUUGCUUUUCCCCGGUUUCUUAACAGUCUCCUGCUUUUUUUAUCUCUUUUUCUUGAUCUGCAUCCAUUGGUACCUUACUUUAGAAGUGUCUUAGCUAUUGAAAGAAUCUACUGUAUAGAGCAUCCAUAAUGUUAAAUAAUGUAUUUCUUCCAGCAAAGCAAUCUGGUAGCUUAUUAAAUAUUUUUAAUGGCUUUUGGAAACAUUUUUAUCUGGUUCCUUUUAAAUUAGUUCAUGUGCUUAAAAGUGAUGUCUUUUUUUGCUAUAGUAAAGCUUUGUUUUUCUUUAAGAAAACCCACUAGUAAUUGUAAUGCAGAUGCAGGGUACUCACCCAGCAGUGAGGUAUUACUCAUAAGGGUUCUUAGAAUGCCCUUUUUAAAAAUAAAUAAAUAAAAUAAAACAUGAAUCUUUUUUGUGUUAGGUCUGCAAUAGUUUACUGUUGUGUCCACCAGUUAGUCAUUUGUGUGAUAUGCGUUUGCACAUACUAUAUUUUCAACAGCAAAGAAAAUAUAAAUUAUGUUAUCUGUGCCUGAUGUUUUCUUAGCAAAAUAUAUAGAUCAAUGUUGUUUAAGUUGUCAACAUUGGAAAAAGUAUAUACAAAAACUUAUUUUAAGAGAAAAAUACUUUUGUGUAAUUGUUAUUUAGAUAUUUAUAUUAGACAAAGCUGCAUUUUUAGUGCUGCUGAGAAUAUAAUAUACUUAAUUAUCAAAUACAGAUAAGAGCUGACAGUAUUUUCUUUUGUAAUGAUCUGUUUUCAAAUGCAGAGAUCAACUUAUUUUUUUGCGCACUACAUGGGAUUGUGUGAUAAAUUGUCAGGGGUUUAGAUGUAGCAAAGUAGCAUUUGGGGAAUUAGUGAAGCAGGUAUGAGCAGUAAAACAUCUAAAUAUUACUUUUUUACCAUAAGUUUCUUGCCUGAAAGAUAUUUUAAAAUUUAUAUCAAACUACUGAGUAUUUUUCUUCUCAGCAUUUUUGAUUUCUUUGUUUUAUGAAAUGCAUUUAAUAAAAUGUGCCUAUGACUCUUCAAAUUAGAAGCCAACCAUGUUUGCACCCUGGUGGUUUGGCUUCAAAGGUCUUUUAGUAGAAAUGUUGUCAUUUUAUUGAGGUUGUUCUGAACCCCUGUAUAUUUUUAAACAUGUAAGAAAGAUUUAAAAUAAAGAAUAAAAUAAUAUUCUAUAUAUCAAAAUGAGACUUCGCCUCAGUUUAAUAAAAUGCUUAGGACAAGAGUUUACUUUUUUGGGAAUCAAAAUCUAAUUGUUUUAUACUUCUGUAGCUUGGGUUUAUAUUUAUUCUUGUCCCCUGUUUGCCAGUGGCAUCUUGGUUUAAAUGUGCCUUUUAAAUUCAGACCAGUUCAAGAAAAACAAAGUUCAAGGAAAUGUACUGCUAACAUUUCAGAUAUCACAUAUAAGACUUCAAAAUUAUACAUAUUAUUUGGGAAUCGUAUUUUUAUUUCUUUGAGGUAUAAAUAUAGUUAGAAAGGACCCAGUGGAUUCUGUGUACAGAAAGCCUGAGGCCAUGCUUACUGCAUUUUCCCCUUCUGGGUUUUCCCCAUAGUAAUUAAUAACAGUUAUAUGCCAGGCUCACUGUUCAGUUUUACAUGUGUUAUACCUUUAAUCCUCACUACAACCUUUUGAGAUAAUAGUUAUUAUUUCCACUCCAGAGAUAAGGAAACGAAAGAAAAAUGAUUAUUCGUCAGUUAACUAGUCAAUGGCAGAGGUUCCCGCCCAUCCAGUAGGCCUGGGCCAAAGCCUGUCUGCUUCACCAGUAGGCUGCACUGCUUUCUUUUCAAAAGCCUUUAAAUUUUUAUACCUCUUUCUGUACCUUUUCCUUACAGUA